AUGAGCAUGGAAACAUUUAAAAAGAAAAUCAUAAAGAUAUCAAACCCAAUAGAUAUGACAUCUUUAGAGAUAUACUUCACACUUAUUCGAUAUCUUCAAGUCGAUGGCGUAAUUAUCCCCACUACAAAGUGUAUAUGCGCGUAUAUAUAUAAAGUAACAUGUAUGGAACACAGUAAUCAAAAGUCACAAACAAUGGCUAUACUCAUCUUAUUGGUUACCAUAGUCAGCUGUGUUUUGGCCAGACCUUCCAGUAAAAAUGUAGAGCCAGUUGAAAUUACUGUUUACUACGAGACCUUAUGCCCCAAGUGUGAGAAUUUCUUUCCGAAACAACUGCUUCCGCUUUAUACAGACACAGAUUAUGAUUUCGCUUCCUUAAUUUCAAAAAUUGAAUUGGUUCCAUAUGGACAAGUGGCUCCUUUAAAUAUGAGUAAGUGGCUAGAUAUUUGGUGUCAACAUGGUCGAUCCGAAUGUGAUGGGAACAAGUUACAUGCUUGUGCCAUCAAGUAUAUCCCUGACACAUUAACAACUUUAAAUUACAUUUCAUGUUUAGCAAAUGAAACAUUAUCUAAACACUUCGAAAUGUUGGAACAUAAAUAUCCAAUUGACAAGUGCCAAAAUGAACUUCCAGCUGGUAUUUAUCAAAAAAUAAUAAAUUGUUACAAAUCAGAUGAAGGAUGGGAACUGUUUGAUGAUAAUGCAGAGAAAACACAUCAAUUUGAGAAAAGAUUUUUUCCUUAUGUUACCUUCAAUGGCAAACGUGAUGACGAUGUGGCUAAAGACGCAGUUGAGAACUUGAAAAAGACAUUUAUCAAAGUUACUGGUAUUGACAAAGAUUCUUCUUUUUAAAAUUAGUGAUCAUUGAAGUUUGAUUGAUACAUAUGAGAAGGACCAGAAAUUCAUGAAGAAUGAUUGAUGAAAGACAAUCAAUAAAUGAGAAAAUUAUUGUUACAAAAAAACUGCAUUAUUCCAUUUCCCUUAAGCUCUACCUAAUCUAAUUUAUAAUAUAACCCUGAUUCUGUUAAAAUGGAUAUUAACAAAAAAUAUAAUAUAAUGA